AUGGGAGCCACCGCCGCCAAUUCGGAUGUCCCCACAGACGCCAAUUGGAGUGGCAAUACAGAAUUGAGAGCCUUGACGAGCCGGUUGCUGACUGAACAUUGGCACACCUUCCUCAUCCGCCCCCAUUUGCCACCCCUCAAGACAGGCAAAUUGUUGGUCCCCAAUGUCCAGAUGGACUUUGAACUCUUCCUCAACCCCAACACCAUCUACUUGCUAGGUACCCCCAACAAAGGCACCUUGGUGGCGAAGAAAUUUCCAGCCAUUCACCCAGAAGACAUCAAAGUCACCUUGCUGAUGAGAAAAGUGACCUUGAAUGCCAGUGUCUAUGUCAGACUGCAGAAAGAAAGACAGCUGGGCAAACAAAUUGCCCGCUACCCCGUGGUGCGGAGCGAAAUCCGCACUUUUUCCUUUGAUGGACGAACCACCCAGUGGGAACAAGACAAUGUGUUUGUGGGUCGAUUUCCUGACCGAGUGAUGGUCGGGUUAUUGCAUUCGGAUGCCUUCAAUGGAAACCUACAACGAUACCCCUUUGCCUUUGAAAAGUUUGGGGUCACCCAAAUACGUCAGACCUUGAAUGGAGAAGAAUACCCUUACAGAACCCUGCAACUAACUGGAGCAGAAGCCUAUGAAGAUCUCCUGGGGUACGAUCGAUUUCUACAAGCCAUGGGUGCCUACAAUGAAGAUAAGAUUCCCCUCCUGCUGCCUGGGGAUUGGGGACAAGGCAAGAACUGCACGUUGUUCCUGUUCAACAAUGUGCCCAGUGGAAAAGCCGAUGAUCCUCAGUAUCGCAACCCCCGUCAAUCGGGCAAUGUGCGACUGAUCAUUGAUUUUGCUGCUGCUGUGGGUCACAACAUCACCGUGUUGGUCUGGAGCGAGUAUGAAAACAUGUAUGAGAUCAAUCAUAUGGGAGGUAUAAAGUACAACAUCAACGGCUGAGAGGGUGUCAGAAGACAGAAGACACCGGACAUGGAGUUUGUGGCGCUCAGUGAUAGGGUGUUGCGCACGUUUGCCCUAGAAGAUCCCACGUUGCGACGCGUGUUUCACGGGGUGUACCCCGCCUACCAGUUACCCCGUUCACCUCCCAAGAGUGUCCGUCAAGCCUACAUUGUCAACACGGAUCCAGCGGGAGAGCCGGGACAACAUUGGUUGGGCCUGUGGACGGAACAGAACAAGUGCGAGAUCUUUGACAGUUAUGGACUGCCCCUGCACGUGUACACCCACCCGGACCUGCACCAAUGGUGGAGUCAAUGGAAGCACCUGAUCCGCAGUGACCAGACCUUGCAAGCCCUGGAUAGUCAGACCUGUGGCCAUUAUGCGUUAUUUUUCUUGAAAGCCCGCGCCCAAGGCCAGUCCUAUCAAGACUUUUUGGGGCAAUGGAGUUGCGACAAUUUAGUGUUGAACGAUCAGAAAGUGGCCGAACAGUUGAAACGGGUGAUUAAACAAGAAGUACAAGAUGAAGUCGAUGCCUGCCCAGAGGGAGGGCAAAAGAAUGUGAGCCGCCAGGCCUUUAUGCUUUGUAAUCCUUGUGAGUGUUAAAAAUAAAAACACCAUAAAACGAGAUGUGCUGUGAAAGAGUGGUCAUUUGAAAUCUCAUCAUGAUUACGCGAGGGGAUGUCCAGCGGGUGAUGGACGCCUUCAUGUUAGAAGAAACCUUGUAUUGGUGGUUACACCCCAUUGAACGGGUGAACACCGUCCAAGGGGUGGAUGCCUGGGAUGGGUACCAUUGGUUGGUGGCCCGCCAACUGGCGCAAGACCAGGACUGGGUCGCUCUCAAACAGUAUAUGGACACCAUGAAAGAAACGCAUUUAAGAGAGACGAUGGAACAACUGAUUCAGUUCGAAUCGCCACGACUCUACCGCGAGUAUUGGACGGCAUGCCUAGACGACGACGGCAGUGCGCUUCCUCCCGACGACCCCGCUUUCGUCAAAACGGGCGAGGCAUCAUGAGCGUGUUGGCCAAAGCAGCCAAAAUCGGAUAUAAAUUGGGACGUAGCAAACGGUAUAAACGCAUGGGCGCUAAAGGGGCCACGGGUCAUUAUCGACGUCUGCCUCGACCGUGGGAAGGAUGAUUCGACACCCCAGUAGUGUGAUUAUCGCUGGCCCGUCGGGCAGCGGCAAGAGCGAGUUAGUGGAACAGUGGUUACGGGACCUCAACGUGUUUCAAGUCCAACCCAAGAAGAUCGUCUACGCGUACGACCGAUGGCAACCCCGGUUUGAUCGUAUGCAAAAAAAGGAGGGGAUUCAAUUUCAUCGCGGGUUACCGGACCCCCGUCAUUUAACCCAAUGGUUUGGCCGGACGCGUGGCGGAGUGCUGGUGUUGGACGAUCUGAUGGAAGAAGGGGGACAGGACAAACGCGUGUUGGAUUUGUUCACCAAAGAUUCCCAUCAUCGCAACAUCACCGUCUUGUAUUUGACGCAAGAUUUAUUCCCACCGGGUAAAUUUGCCAAGACCAUUAAUCGCAACGCGCAUUACAUUGCGGCCUUCAAGAAUCCCCGGGAUCAAACGGGCAUACGGACCAUUUUACUGCAAGCCUUUCCCGACCGAUGA